GAAUUACUAUUCGAGGGGAAAGUCAACGAUGACGAACGGAGGAUCGUCUCGUAUUACACUAACAUUUCUUACCUAUUCCUUGGGAAGUAGUGGAUUCUUCCAUAGUUUGGGAUAUAGAAAUUCUCGCACCAAACGCGGUUGGAUACAUAAACGAGUAAGCAAGCAGGAUAGUCCAAAAACUCUUGUCCCUGUUGUGGCAAGCACGACUGAAACACCAAAAAAGCUUUCUAAAGUUGAAAAGUAUAAAAAGGACUCAAGUCACUUAAAGUUCCCUUUGCAACAAGACCUAGAGGAUGAUAAUAUAUAUGUCUCGGAAGAGUCGGUUCAACUUAUCAAGUUUCAUGGUUCUUACCAACAGGACAACAGAGAGCAACGAAAGAAAGGUGAACAGAAAAAGUACCAAUUUAUGUUGCGUCUGAAACUACCUUCGGGAGAUAUGCCUACCUCGUUGUACAGAGUAUUGGAUAACAUAUCAACAGAAUUUGGAAACGACACUCUACGUGCAACGACGCGAUCAUCGUUCCAAAUUCACGGUGUAUUAAAGAAAGAUUUGAAGACAGUAUUUCAGAGCAUUAUUGAGGCAGGCGGCUCCACUUUGGGAGGCUGUGGUGAUGUCAAUAGAAACAUUGUUACUACACCUGCACCUUUCCUAACACCAGACUAUAUAGAAGUUAGACGAUUGGCUUAUGUUUUGGCGGAAAUAUUAGCUCCACAAACUAGUUCUUAUGCUGAGAUAUGGUUGGAUGGUGAAAAGGCGGGUGAAAUAGAAUUCUGGAAACGAAACAUGGAUAUGAAACAAGUUUCACAGCUGCGCUCGUUUGAUAAUGGACGAGGAAUCGUUACUGGAGAUCCGGUUGAACCUAUUUAUGGGGAGACUUAUCUACCAAGGAAGUUCAAGAUAGGAAUAACAGUUCCUGGGGAUAAUUCCAUCGACAUAUAUAUUCAUGAUGUUGGUAUUGUUGUGGUAUCGGAAGGGAAUGAGAUUAUCGGAUAUAAUAUUACAGUUGGUGGAGGUUUAGGACGAACGCAUAACAAAGAACAGACAUUUCCAAGAUUAGCUGAUCAUCUUGGGUUUGUUCGACGGGAGAAGAUUUAUGAGUUGAUAAAGGCCAUUGUUGCUGUUCAACGGGAUUAUGGGAACCGAGAAUCUAGAAUGUUGUCCCGAAUGAAAUAUUUAGUUCAUAAUAUGGGCAUUGACGCGUUUCGGGAACUUGUCGAAUCCUACUUUGGAGAAAGAAUAGAGCCAUGGAGACCUCUUGUUCUGUGGAAACAUGAAGACUAUUUGGGAUGGUUUGAACAAGGAAAUGGUAAGCUGUUUUUGGGGGUUCCUAUUCUUAAUGGAAGAAUCAAAAACGAUGCUUCAAUGCGAUUAAAGACUGCCUUGAGAGUGCUGGUAGAUACGUUUCCAGAAGUUAGACUCAAUGUUACUCCAGAGCAAAAUCUGUUGGUUAAGGAAAUCGAACCAAGUACGAAAGAACAAAUUACGAAUAUUUUGAAAGAACAUGGUGUGCCAUUAGUGGAAGAUAUUAGUGUUAUAUUUCGGGACAGUAUGGCAUGUCCCGCUUUUCCAUUGUGUCCACUAGCGGUGACUGAAUCAGAGCGUGUUAUGCCGAAUAUUGUGAAGCGCAUUGAAACUUUAUUUCAUCAUUGUGGUCUCAGCAAAGUGCCUCUUAUUAUUCGAAUGACUGGUUGCCCGAAUGGCUGUGCACGUCCUUACACUGCAGAGUUAGGUCUUGUUGGCCAAGGUCCUAAUUCCUAUCAGGUUUGGAUAGGGGGAUGUCCUAAUCAGACCAGACUAGCGUUUGUGUACAAGGAUAAAGUCAACGAAUCAGAGUUGGAAGCUACUCUAGAGCCAUUAUUUGCAUAUUAUCGGUUAGAAAAGCGCAGAGGAGAACGCUUUGGAAACUUUUGUUAUCGAAUGGGAAAAGACGCACUCGCAGAAUAUGCACAAAACUUUAACUCAGAAACGGUACGCUAUUUUAAAUCUCGUGUUUCUUUACGUCAGGAAACAUAUGAACAUUUAAAAGAAGUAGCAAAAUUUCGUCGUCUUCCUAUUGCAAAAGUUGCUGAAGAAAUUUUUUCCACUUUUUUGUCUUCACAGGACUCGGAAAGUAAUGGUACGACGAAGUAGAGGAUUAUCGCGAGAUGAAGUUACGA